CGGGGCGGAGCGGCGCAGGCGCGGGGGUCCCUCCGAUGCCCGCAGCGUAAACAAGGGGCUGGCGGGGAUGAGGAGGCCGCGGGUGUGCGGCGGGGGCCAGGGCCGCCGAGGCUGAGGUGUGCGCUGCCUGCUGGAGGCGUUUCCUUCCUCCUCCCCCGCCGGACGGGGGUAGCGAGGGCCGUCCCGCCAUGAACUUGGCCAGUCAGAGCGGCGACGCCGGCAGCGGCCAUCUGCUCUUCGCCAACUUCAACCAGGACAACACGUCCCUUGCAGUUGGCAGUAAAUCAGGCUACAAAUUCUUCUCUCUUUCAUCUGUGGACAAAUUAGAGCAGAUCUAUGAAUGCACUGACACAGAGGAUGUGUGCAUUGUGGAGAGGCUCUUCUCCAGCAGCCUGGUGGCCAUAGUUAGCCUUAAAGCUCCACGCAAGCUGAAGGUUUGUCACUUUAAGAAGGGGACAGAGAUUUGCAACUACAGUUACUCCAACACCAUCUUGGCUGUCAAGCUCAACAGACAGAGGCUGAUAGUAUGUCUGGAGGAGUCUCUUUAUAUCCACAACAUACGAGACAUGAAGGUGUUACACACAAUCAGGGAGACCCCUCCCAAUCCUGCAGGCUUGUGUGCUUUGUCAAUAAACAAUGACAACUGCUACCUGGCCUAUCCAGGAAGUGCAACUAUUGGAGAAGUACAAGUCUUUGACACCAUCAACCUGAGAGCUGCUAAUAUGAUCCCAGCUCAUGAUAGCCCCUUGGCUGCUCUGGCAUUUGAUGCCAGUGGUACUAAACUUGCCACUGCAUCGGAAAAGGGGACAGUAAUAAGAGUGUUUUCCAUUCCAGAGGGACAGAAACUCUUUGAAUUCCGAAGGGGAGUGAAGAGGUGUGUGAGCAUCUGUUCGUUGGCUUUCAGCAUGGAUGGCAUGUUUCUGUCUGCAUCCAGUAACACAGAGACAGUGCAUAUCUUCAAACUUGAGACUGUGAAAGAAAAACCUCAGGAAGAGCCUACAACCUGGACAGGUUACUUUGGAAAAGUUCUGAUGGCCUCCACAAGCUAUCUGCCCUCUCAAGUGACAGAAAUGUUCAACCAGGGCAGAGCCUUCGCUACAGUCCGCCUGCCCUUCUGCGGGCACAAGAACAUCUGCGCGCUCGCCACGAUCCAGAAGAUCCCUCGUUUAUUGGUGGGAGCUGCUGAUGGCUAUCUCUACAUGUACAACCUAGAUCCCCAAGAAGGAGGAGAGUGCACACUAAUGAAGCAGCACAAGCUCGAUGGCAGCAUGGAGCCAGCCAACGAAAUUCUGGAGUCCGCAUCCCACGACCGGCCCUUGGUAGUGCAGACAUACAGUGCUGCUGUGACUAAAGGUACAUAUGUGCCUUCCUCACCCACAAGGCAUGCCUACUCUGAUGACCUGGGUGCCGUGGGCGGAACCUGCCUGGAAGACGAAACCAACUCGCUGCGAUUGGAUGAGGACAGCGAGCACCCUCCCAUGAUCCUUCGGACAGACUGAGCCUUGCCCUGUGUGAACUCACUCCUGAAGCAGAGAACACUGGCUGGAUGUUUCCUGAGGAAUCUCGUGUUAUGCUGCUAUGAACUUUGACAUGAGUUGGGAGAGAGGAUGACAGACUCUUAACAGUUUUAAGUCGUAGCUGUAGUCCUAAUUCUAUACCAUUGGAAAAAUAUAUGGUUUUCAAUUCAGUGGCUUUUAAUCUUGCUUAUCUCUUUUAGCUGUGGGUUCUUGGUUUUUUUC